AUGGCGGAUAUUGCAAACAAAUGGGUACGCCAUCUCAGGACUCAGGAUCGUCAAGUUAGGGACAAAGGAGGAGAGUCUCAAUCCUUCGUCUGCGAGAUUUGCGGCGACGAAUCCCACACUAUAGAAGCAUGGCGCGAACACGCUCGAAUCGACCCUGAGCAUCGUAAGGAGCAGGCUCUGAAGGGACCUGCAGCCGAUGAAGGCCAAGAUGCCGACGAUCAUAGAGACAAACGCUGGUCCCCCCCGCCUGGGCCGCAGGUCGCUUUCAGCCGCAGCCGCGCCCGCAAUGACACCCGGAGCGACUUCGAGCGUGGGCCCCACAAGAAUACUUCCGGUCGUCAGCUAUGGAACGAAGACAACCCUCAACCAAAGUCACAUAGCCAAGGGCGUUUUGUUUCUCAACCUUCACCCAGACAGGGGCCAUCCCCCAAAGCGAACAGGCAUAUACCGCUUGCUGCACAGCAGCCCCCUCCUCCACCAUCAAUUAAUGAUGAUGACUCGUCUAGGAUGAUGCGCCAGCCAGAGACUAGGCCAAUAUCUCAAGAUCAACUCGUUGCAGAGGUCAAGGGCAUAUAUGCUGGCCUGGUCAUGGUCGAGACUAAAUGCAUUGAAGUUGACAAUGCACAAUCAUCCAAUACAGAUGCAAACUCAAAGCUCAAUAACGAACAAUGGCAGGCAUUAAUUGCACUGCAUAGAACACUUCUUCACGAGCAUCAUGACUUCUUUCUCGCAAGUCAACACCCAUCUGCCAGUCCGGCCUUGCGCAGAUUGGCUUCUAAAUAUGCCAUGCCUGCUCGCAUGUGGAGACAUGGAAUCCAUUCAUUUCUUGAACUUCUGCGGCAUCGAUUGCCAGCCUCUCUCGAACAUAUGCUCACUUUUCUGUACUUGGCAUAUAGCAUGAUGGCCCUGUUGUAUGAAACUGUGCCUGCUUUCGAAGAUACCUGGAUCGAGUGUCUUGGUGACCUCGGUCGAUAUCGUAUGGCCAUUGAGGACGACGAUAUCCGCGACCGGGAAGUGUGGACCGGUGUGAGCCGUCAUUGGUACAGAAAAGCCUCGGAAAAGUCACCUACAACGGGAAGGCUGUAUCACCAUCUUGCUAUAUUGGCAAGACCCAACGCGCUUCAACAGCUGUAUUACUACACCAAAUCUCUUUGCGUUCCCAUCCCAUUUUCGAGCGCUCGGGAGAGUAUCAUGACGCUAUUUGAUCCUGUUCUUAGCAACAGCCCUUCCCGUCUUAUUCCAAUUGAUGCCGCAUUUGUGCGUGUCCAUGGGAUAUUAUUUUCUAAGAAGUCCUGGGACCAACUUGAUGACUCUAUGGCAAGCUUCAAUAAACUGCUAGAUGACCAUAUUGCUAGGUCCGUUAAGAGAUGGCUUGAAUCGGGAUAUUAUAUUGGAAUUUCUUUGGCUUGUUCACUUCUUGGUUACGGUGCUGAGUCCAACGUACUUAUGCGUGCCUUGUCCAAGAAACCCGAGGAGACCGAUAUUCCCAUGGAUGGAAGCAUAAUCUCCGAGGCCAGCCCAGACGAAACAUUCGGCCUUGCUCUUCAAUUUGCAGUUGAGACGAUCUCGGUUGUACUGUUUCGUUGGGGCGACACCAAUACGUUACCGUUCGUACAUACCAUCAUGGUAUUCAUGAAUUACAUGACUAGAUACCCAGCAGCCAUUUCCCACUUGGAAGAAAAAUACCCCUGGAAGCUCACCUGUUUUAUGCUUAACUCGUUGUUGACCUCUUCCGAGCCUGGGUAUGAGGUGAAGGAUCGAUUCCAAGUUUGGGAGGAAGAUCAACACCCACGACCAUUGCCGGAAGAUUUUGCCAUGCGGGGCUUGCUUUAUUCCGAGGACUACUUUCCCAAUGGUUGGUUCCAGAGUGACAAGGUUGACGAGGAUGAGAAAUACUUUGAGUUGGCUUCCAUGUCGGAACAACGUAAGGAUCGCAUCCUAUCCUUGGGCUGCAGGAUCGCUACUUCGGGCAACUGGUUGAUAUGGAAUGAGGACACUAACAAGUUCUCAAUCCCGACCAGAUAUGAUGUCGACAUACCUGGCUUACCUAACUUUCCUGUGUGA